AUGACGUUUCUUCCCUCCAACACCGUCCUUGAUGUUUCAGUUCUUCUCUUCCUUGCUACUUGCAUUGGCGCUUACCGCCUCCUCUGCGUACCCUCACACCUCCGGCACAUACCCGCGGUACCCAUCUUCCCGACCCUCGCCAGCUACAUCUCGGGCGAAGUGGAGGAACAACGCGUCAAACGCCUCAUCCUCCCGUUCGCAGACUCGAAGGAAACCGACGUCGUGCUCGUCUACUGCCUCGGGAACUGGAUGGUCCAGGUGCUCGAGUCUAAGCUCGGCAAGCAGCUGCUGGAGAACCCGACGGUCUGGAAGCAGGAACAGUCCAAGGACAUCCUCCUCUGGCGGUUCAUCGGGAACAACAACGUCUUCAUGGCCAACGGCGAGAUGGGCAAGCGCCACGCGCGCAUCGUGCGCGACUCGAUCAACAAGACGAUGCCGGUCGACGUGUUCACGUCUCUCUCGCGCACUGCGCUCGAUCUUAUCGGUGACGGCGGCCGCGUCCGCUGGGACGACUUCGCCAAUCGGUACACGCUCGACGCGUUCGGCAUUGGCGUCAUUGGCUACGACUUCCAGGCCCUCGCCGACCCCGAUGGUCACUUCGUCCAGCGCUACCACGAGGUCAUGAAUGCGAUUGCGAACCCACUCUACGUCGGCCUGCCGGUGCUCGAGCGCUGGCUCCCACGGCGGGGCGUGCAGAAGAUGAUCGACUCGUUCGUGACGGAUCUGUGCAAGAUCCUGGACGAGAAGAAGAAGAGCCCGGGCAACGACGUCAUUACGUACAUGUUCCAGGAGCCGGAGAUGACGGAGCUCGAGUAUCGGGACAACACAAUCGUCAUGUUUGUCGCUGGCCACGAUACCACCGCGGGCGCCAUCUCCUCCGCCGCCUUCUUCCUCGGCCUGUAUCCCGAAAUCCAGGAGCGCGUGCGCGAGGAGGUCAUCGCCGUCAUGGGCUACGACGAGCCCACCGCAGAUCAUUUCAACCGCAUGCCCUACCUCAACGCCGUCCUCCGCGAGUCCAUGCGCACCAACACGCCCUCGAACAUCACCCUCCCGCGCAUCUCGGACGAGCCCGUGCGGAUCGGGUCCUACACCGUCCCGCCCGGGACCCCGAUGUGCUUCAACAUCUGCGCCGCGCACCACAACCCCCGCACGUGGUGCACGCCCGCGGCCUUCGACCCGACCCGCUUCCUGCACGACGCCGAGGCGAACGCGGGCGCGGGCGGGACGGGCACGGGCGAGGCCGCGCACUGGGCGACGUUCGGGCUCGGGCCGCGCCGGUGCCUCGCGCGCAACUUCUCGAUCUUCGAGCAGCGGGUGCUGCUCAGCAUGCUCAUCCGCGAGUUCCGCUGGAGCGUGCCCGCGGACUCGCCGCACCGGCAGCGGAUCCGGAACGGGCUCUCCGUCUUCGCGCUCAGCCUGCCCGAGAACCUCGAGCUCGACUUCGUCCGCCUCGGCGAGGAGAAGGGCCGCUGGCUGUAG